GAAGAUUAUUGGCAAGGGAUUUAUUGAAACAAGGAAAGUUUGUUUGGUUUGAGGAUUUAGACACAACAUAUUUAACAAACCAUCAUCAUUUGACUGUCUCAUUACGUGCUAACGUUACAUCUCUUUGUGUGUCGUCCAAUGAAGAACUUCUUGCUGUAGGAUAUGAAAAUGGUCAAAUAUCUAUUUUUGAACUUCCUGAAUUUGAGCAACGAUGCACUCUCGGCACUGCACUUGAUGAUUCAAGGUUCGAUAAGUGGGAUAAUGUUAACACAAUUAUGUCCCUGUAUGACAUCUAUGACUAUUCAACAUUAAAGAAAUCCUGUUUCGUACAAGGAAACAUCUUUUGUUGCUCCUUUUCACCUACCGGAAAUAGACUGGUAACUAGUGAUGGAUCUACUGAAGUAAAGUUGUGGGACGUUAACAAUGGACGUUUGUUAUUAUGUUUACAGUCAGAUGAUGUCGUUAAUCGUUGCUCUUUCUCAGGUUCUGGUUUGUUUAUUACAGCAAGAAAUGAUGGAGGUUUUCAGUUUAAGUUCACUGCAUGGAAUUCAUUAACCUUGCAAAGAAUUGAUCGACGCUGUGUUGUUGAUUACCAAAAACUACAAUGCACCGAUAAAUCUUCAGAGUUCUUUGUUACAGUCUUUGGAUAUUGUUCGUAUGUUUUUCAAUUCCCAAAGGCAUUCGAUAUUUUUGCAAGAAAAAAUAGGUAUUCACUAUCUUCAAAUUCAAAGACAACCCACGAUCAAGGAGAAAUCGAGUUUUGUUUACCAAAUGUUAGUUGUCCAUGUGUUCGUAGGAAUCUUAACAAAGUCCAUCCAAUCUCGUUUAAGGAAUUUUACGUUGUGCCGUAUUUUUCCAAGCUUAAAAUUUUCAAAACUGAUCAUCUUUGGAGACCUUCAUUUAUCUUUGAGAAAUUGAAAAUUAAAUGUUGUUGUUUUUCACCGGAUGGAUCUUUUUUGGCUGCUUUCGCUGUUGGUGACCACGUCAACAUUCAUAUUUGGAGCAUUGAACGUUGCACUAUUAUUCAAACUGUACCAAUGCAACUGAAGAAUGCAUUAGGAUGUUGGUGGUCAGAUGGUUUACUGUGGAUAUGGGAUGGUUCUGAUCAUCUUAUGAAGAUAUCAACUUCGUCUGAAAAUUUUGUAGAUUCUAUCAGACAAAGAAAUUAACAUUGGAUUUAAACCUAAGAAAAUCUUAACAUUUGGUGAUGUCUUAGUUUGUAUUGACGAACAAGAUUUUGUUCAAGUUGUUAGAAUUACCAAGGGUGAGAUACAAUACAACAAAAGACUUCCUGUCGAUAGUUCAAAAUUUAAAGCAGCAGCUGUAUCACCUGAUACUUCUGUUAUUUUAACUGUAAACAAAACAGAAUACACAUUAUGGAAAUGGGAAAAUAACAACAAUGAACUUUACUUGAAACCUUGGCAUACUGAAAAAAUACCCAUAACAACUGUCAUUAAAAAAUUUGUUCCACAACAGGUAACUGUAACUGAUCUAGAGUUCACUUGCUGUAUAAGUGAUAGUAAACAAGCAGUCAUGGCAUUUUUUAAAGGCAUCAAAAUUAAGGACAUUUAUGUAAUUAAUGUUCACAAGAAUGGUGAUGUGAAUGCCAUUUUGCAUGAUGUCGGGAAACUAUAUUUGGAAUCCAACCUAGUCGUACACAAGUCUUAUUGCAUUGUAGUGUCUUUUGAGUCAUUGCUUGCUGUAGAUGUAAAGAGUGGUGAAAUUUGCGCUGAAUUUCACGAAGGAGAAUAUUUUAUGACUAAUAUAACUAUUCAAUCCAACACAGGAACUAUAGCUUUAGUGCAUGGUUAUUGUUGCAGAAUUCAAAUUUUAAAACUUAAUGUUCCUGAAUAAAUACAUCAACUCAAACUUUGAUAGUAAAUUCAAAAACCUGUUGAGAAAAUUGCACAUAGAUGUUGAUGGUCGUAAGGAUGGUUGCUUGUUUCCACCUACUAUAGUUUUCUACAGAAGAAGUAUACUUAUUCCACCAGGCAAUCUUUAAAAAAUUAUUUAUAUUUACCAAAAAUAAAUUUGGACCAAUUUUGCAAAAGAUCUUUUAAAUUUAUCGGUACUAUUUCUUGGAAUGUCUUACUUCCUGCUAUUAAAGAUUGUAAAAUAAUAUCUAUGUUUUGCAAUAAUCUGAAACGAUAUAUAAUUGCUUUUUAUAACACAAAUGACUUGUAAUUAAAAAGAGAGCUUCUAUACUAA